UUCUUUUCUUUUUUAAUCUAUUUCCUUCUUUUCUUUUUUUAAAUCUAUUUCCUUCUUUUCUUAUUAGAAUACUUUGUCGAGCAAUAACGAUUCUCAGCAACGAUAAGAAGUCACGGAGGAUAGUUCAAUUUGUGCUGAUCGAGAGCCAGUUAUGCAAUCAAGAACCAAAAAAACCGAAGCAAUCCACCCUUACCAAUUGCUUAGAGAGAAGUUCAAGUUUUGAAGAUUAGUUAGUGCCAUAAUUUUAUAAAAAUAUUACUUUUUGAAUGUAAGGUGGACAAAAAUACAAUGAAAUUACUCAGGCACUAGUUUACAUGAUUUGUAAAGAUAGUAUGCCACUAUCAUGUGUGGGAAAAAAUGGCCUUCAAAAAUUUGUUCGCACGGUUAAUCCUCUCUAGAAACUCCCAUCUAGAAAAAAGGUGACUCGCUUAAUAAAAAACAGAUAUAAUACUACAAAAGAGGUUCUGAUGAAAGCUUUAGAUGAGGCAAAUUAUUUAAGUUUCACAAGUGACAUACUUAGAACUACUAAUUCAACCAGAAGCUUUUUAGUAUUAACAGUUCACCUUAUUGACCCCAAAAUAGGGAAGAGUUCACCUACCAUUCAGAGUAUAAAAUUGUGUGCGCAGAAAUUAUCCCAGAGUCAUAUAGCCGAGUACAUCAAAGAAACUUGGGAUAAAAUAUGUGAAGAGUUUGUGAUGGACAAAAGUAAAAUCGUCUCUAUCACCACUGAUGGUGGCGCAAACAUGGUCGCAGCAGUGCGAUUAAUUGUUCGAAAUGAUCGUAGGGUUCCCCGUAUGGCUCAUUGCCUAAAUUUAAUUGUUGAUGGGGUACUAAAAGAAACUUAUGAGUUUUCAGCACUCUGUGACCAUGUUAAAAUUAUAGUAACAUUUUUCAAACAAUUGGUAAGUGCCUCGGACCAACUAAGAACUGAACAACAAGCAUCGGAAAAAAAAGAAGGUGAAGUCUUGACACUAAUUCAAGUAGUUAGCACUAGAUGGAAUUCGUGCUUAGAUAUGUUGGGACGAUUUGUUAAACUGUCUGCUCUUGUAGCAAAUAUUUUCGCCACAAAAAGUCAAACUAAUAAAAAAACACCUGAUAUUGUUGCAACUUCGCAGCUUAAUGUAUUACGAGACCUUAUUGCCCUUCUUGGUCCGUUUAAAGAAGCGACUGAAGAGAUAAGUGGGGCAAAUUAUGUGACGUUAAGCCUAGCAAUUUCUGUUUCAAAUUUGCUCCGUCAAGUAACGGAUCAAACGAAUCCAUCGACCACUCUGGGAGAGACUGUUAAAAAGGCUUUACUAAAAAAAAUCGACGAAGAACUCAUUCUCUUUCAUAACAAUACUUUUCUCUCAGCAGCUACAAUAUUAGACCCGCGGUUCAAACGUCUCCAUUUAUGUCUCCAAUUACCGUGUCACAUGCUAUAAGAAAAAUAAGCAAUGAUAUUCGCUUAGAGCACAGGCGUAGAGGACAGCGUUCUUCAGAUUUAAGGCCAAUUCAAGCAGCACCAGAACCUAGUGAAUCAUCAAUUUGGUGUAGACAUGAAAAACUUAUAUCCCUCAGCACAAAUAGAGCAGAAGUUCCAAGUUCUAGUAGUGUUCCUAAUGAACUUAAACAGUAUCUGGACCAACCACUAAUAGAAAGAAAAUCAGACCCCAUAGAAUUCUGGGUGAAUUGGCGACAUUUUACGCCGGUCCUCUCUGAAAUUGCGUUAAGGUAUUUAAUCUGCCAAGCUUCCUCAGUAUCAUCUGAAAGACUUGCUUCGGCUGUAAACUUAGUUGUACCAGAUAAUAGAAGCAGACUAACCGGAGAGCAUAUCAAAGAAAGAGUGCUUCUGAUGUCUAUAUCAGAUAACUAUUGGUUUGACUAAAAAACAAUUGUUAAAAUUUUAAAUUUUCAUGUUUAUUGCAAUAAUAAUAGUUGAAUAUGUAUUUUAUUAAUAAGCAAAACUAACAAAAGUACCAAAUGUCUUUUCACAUUUGAAUAUUUUAACAACUUUUCGGUAAUCACGCUCCUGAGAGUAAAAGUAUCGAUAUAUCGAAAUAUCGAUAUUUUUUAUUCUGCAUUUAUCGAUAUUGUCUAAAAAUAUCGAUACGAUAUAUAUUGAUAUAUUUUUUCCCAUCCCUACUUCGAGCUCGAAAAAAGUGACAUUUCGUAAUAACUUCCGAAAAAUUGAAAGUAAUCAACAAUGAUUGUUUUUUCAAGUUUUGGUCACGAUUAUGCUUGAUAAAUUCAAUAUUUUUGAACAGAAAUAUCUAGAAAUAGAAAUGAUUGAUAGGAAGAGUUACGUGAACUUUCAACCAAACCAGCAAGUUGACAUAUGAAACAUCCGAAAAAAAAGUUAGGAACAGUGAUUUCUCGAAAAUUUAAUUGAUGAUAUUAUUUAAACUAACAAACCGAUUUCAAUAAAUUCAAAAAAUCAUCAGGCCUGAUCAUGCGUUAAUCUCAUGCAUGAUCAUGUCUGAGUAUUUGCCAGCCAUAAGCAUGCGUGAUCGUGCUCGGUCAGGCAUGAUUAUGCUCUCUCAUGCAUGAUCACGCAUGAUCAUGGCUGGCAAAUAUUCAGGCAUGAUCAUGCUUGAGCAAGCAUAAUCAUGUUUGACCAAGCAUGAUCAGUCCUGAUCAAGCACAAUGCCUAGAAUUAUUUUAAAAAACAUGAAAAUAAUGAUAAUUCAAUUUUAAAUUAACUUAUUUUGUUAGUAUUGAUGUAUAGUUAAUGGUUACUGGCUGAGAAGUGUUAUUGAAAUUUAACCCGUGACGGGUCUUGAACCAACGACCGUCGUGUUAUAAGGCACGUCAGCUGUCCACUAAGGCUGACCUGUCUCGUUCAGUUUACGACGAUUCUUAACAUUUUUUAAAAACUUGGGUUGUAAAAAAUAGAAUAUCAUCUGAAUUCAAUCUUGAUUUAAUUAUUACAUAUUUUUUUAAUAGUGAAUGAAAAUAAUUCUAGUUAUAAAUUACAAGCAAAUUUAACAAUUAAAUUAAUCUUAAUUAUUCAUUGAAAAAAAAAAAAUCUGCAAUUGUAUUGACUAUCAUUAUCAAUUUCGCAAGAAUUUAUUAAUUCAAUUCUUCAAUUAAUAAAAAAAAAAUUUGUAAUUAAAUCUAUUUUUUGGAAAAAAAGAAUAAUUUUAAUUAUUAGUAGAAUUAAAAAUUAUAAAUUGAAUUUAUUGUAAUCAUCGAUAAAAAAAAACAAAGUAACUUUAACUACUAACUUCAAAAUAAAAAUAAAUGUUCAAUUAUUAAAAUUUUUUCAUCAGAAAUAUUUGAUUAUUCCUGAUUAAAAACGUCGAUUAAAUCUGAUUCAAGCUCGAUCGGAUUUCGAUUGUAUUUUUUUGCAUGAUCAGACAUGAUUUUGCAUGAAUCAUGCUUAAUCGUGCAUGAUUUAUACAUGGCCAUGCUUAGUCUUGUCUAAGCCUUAAAGCUUAUAAAACAAUAAAAACUAACAGUUUCACAGUAUAGAUAACUUUGGCUGAUAAUGAUUUAAUUAUUUAUGGAUCAACACAAUUUUUCGUAGAGUUAGAGAAAAUAAUCUGUUUUGUUUUAGAAGAAUUAGUUAUUGAACAUACAAAAUUUUUCUGUAAUGUUGAACAUCAGGUGAAUAUAACUCAUAUAAUACCUAUUCGUGAAAGUAGAAAACUAUUAUUUCUAACAAUAAAUCAAAUUAAAACAAUGCGCCAUGUAUUGCGUGUAGGAAAUUUUAUACGUAAUAGUUUUAAAUUAUUAAAAAAUAAAUUUUAAGCAACAAAAUUUUUUAAUUAUAAUUAUUAUUAUACAUUCCGAAUUAUACAGUCUCAUCCAUGAUCAUACAUGAUUGAAUAUCACUUUGUAUGAAUCAGACAUAGUCGUGUAUGCUCAUGCAAAGUCAUACUCAGUCAUGCAAUCUCAUGCAUGAUGAUUAAUUUUCCGUUAUAUAUAAUCAUGCAUAAUUGGGCAUGAUUUUACAUGGUCAUGUAUGACGUUGCAUAAUUCGUGCAGUUUCAUGAAUGAUCAUUCAUGACUGAGCUUGGUCAUGUAUGACGUUUCACAAAUCAUGUGUGACUAUUCCUUCCUUGUCAUGCACGAUUGAACAUGAUUUUACAUGGUCAUGCAUAACGUUGCAUAACUCGUGCAAUAUCAUGAAUGAUCAUUCAUGACUGAGCUUGGUCAUACAUGACGUUGCAUGAAUCUUGUGUAAUUAUUAUUUCCUCGCCAUGCAUGACCAUGCGCAAUUGAACAUGGAUUUGCAUAGGCAUGCAUGAUGCAUAAUUCGUGCAGUUUCAUUAAUGAUAUUUCAUGACUGAGCUUGGUCAUGCAUGAUAUUGCAUGAAUCAUGCAUGACUAUUCUUGCCUUGUCAUGCAUGGUCAUGCAUGAUUGAACAUGUCUUUGCAUGAUCGUGCAAAAUCAUGCACGAUCAUACCUGAAUCAUGUAUAAAUCAUGCAUGAUUCAUGCAUGAUCAGGCCUGAUGAUUUUUCCCGGGUUGUUAUUUUUUCAAUUUUUCGUGGCCGAUAUCUUUCCAACUAAUCAACAGUUUUUGAGGUUUGAAGCGGCAUUGGAAUUGGUUUUUCAAACUCUAACGCUAAAAAGUAUUUCGAAUCAAUCAGUUUUGCAAUUUCGAAGCUUUUAAAAACAAACUCUCUUGAAAUGAUUUUUACAACGAAAUCUCUUGAAUCAUUAAUCCGAGCUCGAUGGUUCAGGCAGUAUUCGACGCAGCUUAUGAAGCUUGAGAGCUAAUUAGAUUUUGAAAUAGGUCAAUUUAAUAUUUACGGAAAACGUAAAAAGACGAUUUUUUUCCAUUCUUUUGUCAACGAUAUCUCUCGAAUCGAUCGACCGAUUGAGAUGUUCUUGGUGACAAUCGAAAGGUUUUAUCAAGUUUCGAAAUAUCCAAAUAAAAAAUAAAAAAAAACCUGGGCAACGGUUGAUCCAGCGGGCCAGCCUCAAAACUUCUCAAGCCUAGCAAUGAAAAGUCGGCAGAAACCAUUGAAAUAUGCGUAGGAAUUUGUAGCUAAAUAGUUGCUAAAAUCACGACUUUGUAGCUCUAUUUAGUUCCACAAAAAGCAAAUUACUGUUAUCUUUACAUCAAGCUAGCAGUAAAAUGACAGGACUGCCCAGGAGAAAAUGGACUAAUUGUAACUAAUGGAGUCUAAAUUUGUCGCUAAUUUAUUGCUGAAAAACAGUACAGAAAAAGAUUUAUUAAGCCCUAGAGUCAGCUGGACAUUGUUAAUAAUUGUAACUACCAACCAGUGUCCCUGCUAUCGUGAUAUACAGUUUUUAUUGACACAUUGAUUUCAUAGAAUUUGUUGCUGGUCGCAGAUGUCAUCAGUGAAGCCCCCAGAGAGCCAACAACAAAAUAAAAACUAAAAAUCAGCCCGACCUGGUGACCGGUAACUAACGACUAGUGUCCAUGCUAUCGUAACGCACAGUUUUUAUUGAUAAAACUCUGUCAUAGAUUUUUAAAUUAAGAAUGGUAAAUCGGUUUCGGAAAGAAAUUCUAAUCGAAUUUUUAGGCUUUAUAUGUGUUGCUAAGUUCUGAAAAUUUUAAAAGUUUAAAACUUCUAUCGCAAUUAGUAUUUGAGCAAAAAAAAAUUGAAUUAGGGCUCAUAAGUGCUUGAACAAGAAAAUUAUCGCUUUAUAACAAAACUGAAUCUUUCAAAGAGAAAAUUUUAUUUUUUUUUUAUUUUUAACUUUGUGGUACUACAUUGACGAAUUUAGAAAUAUUUAAUAUUUUCUAGAAAUUUGAAAAGCUUCUAAACAAAAUAUUUCGUAAUUUUACUAAGUUGUAUUACUAGAAAAAAACAACAUACAAAAAUAAAUUAUUUUCCAAUGAUCUUACAUCACAUAACUAUUAUUUAUUUAUUUUUUUUUUUUUCAAAAGUCCUUUUCAGCUGAUAGAGAAAAGAAAAAAAUUUUCACAAUCUUUAGUUUUUAUUUUCUUUGUUGGAAAUCCACUAAGAGUGAGGUCUAGAACUCGCAGGUUUUUAUUAUCUUAAUAGUAUCAAUGAAUCAUGAAUGAAUAAUAAAUUAUGAUUUUUUUCGCUUUGUUUCGAGUAUUAGCAAUGGUAAGAUGGCCUAUAGAAGCUUUAUAAAAAAACGCCGACUCUUGAAGGGAUGUUUUUUUAAUAAUUUUACAUAAGCAUUUAGGAAAUGAGCAUUGUCCAUUCUUAUGUAGCAUGAUGGAAGAUUGAAAUCAUAACAAGCAUUUGCAUAUUUAUUUAUGGUAGCAUAAUUUCUAAAGGCCCUGACAGCAGCUGUUAAAAUGGCUCUGCUUCCAUUUAUUACACUUCUUUCGGAAAUGGAGCUCCUGAUCGGACCCAUUCCAUUAGCCAAAAAUUGAGUGAAUUUGCAUUCUGACUCUCACUAAUCAUUUAGAUAACAGGAAACCCUUAUUCAUUCCUAUAACUCCAUGGUGAAGAUAUAUAGAUUUUAAUUUAAUUUCAUUGUAAUUUUUUAUUUUCUUAAUUAUUUAACCAGUUGCAUCAAUACAUAAACAGCUGUGUCCUUUCAAAACAUAAUCUCUAUAAAUAUUUAAUUAGUGUCGGCUCCGAUAAUACACAUAAAAAGGAUCGAGCCCUAUGUGUCUGAUCAAAAACGCAGCAUUAGUAUGUUUUAAUAUCUGAUGCGCUUUAAUUGGAUCUGCAUAUAAGAAAUUUUUUUUCGAGAUUGGUAUCUGACCUCCCGUAAGACUGGUGAUGAUGGCGAAUUCGGAGGCUCAUAAUCACCAUGUUCCAUUUCUUUGUUGUCCUUUUUUGCACGAUAUGUGUGUGUAGUUAUAUUGCCCAUAUCUUUGACAGUGGCUUCUCUUCUUGGUCCUUUUAGCCAUCUUUUACCACACUUUCCGGAUCCUUUCGUAAUUAUACAUGUAAUUUCAACAAAUUAGUCUUUUGGUUUAUUACUAAUAAGACCAUCCAAUUUACUACCACACCUACAGUGGCCUGUUGAAGAUAUAAAACGAUUAAUAUAUAUAUUUUUUUGAUAAUUACAUUAUUUUUGAUUUUGAAAAAAAAAAAUUUUUAAAUCCAGAAUGAAUUAAAAUCAUCGGCCGAUUUUAAUAUAAAAUACUCCGUCUGAGAUUACUUUAUAAGCAAGUAAGUAAAAUGACUACAAAAACAUUUUUUUUUUAAUUAAAAUUUUAAUAAUAAUUCGAUUCCAUGAGCGUAGCUAAAUUAAUGUCAAUAGAUAAAUAAAAUGAAUUUCUAAAAAAUUAUAUUUUCAAUGUUAUUCAUUAAUGUUUCGGAUAAAUAUUUGUACCAUCUUUUUUUGAACGAAAGAUUACCC